AUGACCAAACAAGUUAAAGUCGACAUAGAUCUCGAAUGUCCUAAAGAAGCAGAACAAAGUGAGCAACCUGAUAAGAGUAGUAGCAGUUCUGCGAAAACAUGGGUAUGGACGAAAUUUCUCGAUAUUAAUAUAUCCUUGCUACUGCCUAUUUGGUCUUAUGACUGGCAAAUCGCUAAAAUCCAUGUGGAGGUCAUUGCAGUGGUUGCAGCCAUGACUGGCGUUUUCGUCUUCGCUUAUUCUUACGGAUUACAUGGAUCAAGCAUUUUGGGAAUCAUUUUUUCGUUAUCUGUUGCAGUUUUGACAGCUAUCUACAGGGUAUAUCUAAAGCUUGUGCUUCCUGACCCAUCAGUUGGUCAAGCUUCCCUUUUACUCACCGUAGUUUGCGCUCUUAUUGUACUCUUCUCAUGGCCACUAAUUUUAGUAGCGAUUUCACUUGGGAUUGAGACCAUCGAAUGGGAAACUAUCCCUUGGUAUGAGCUCAAUGUGACUUCUAUAUUUUCUCUCCUCGUCAGUGCUUUAAUUUUUCUUGGUACUGCCGUGAGUUUUCCAAUAUUCGUAGCAGUUGGUAUGCUACUUAGUAUUCCUGGCAAUGCUUUCGUGGAUGUAAUAUAUCGUCAUAUUAUAUUUGAUGGCAUUAAGAUCUUUGGCGUAUUCCUUAUUUGUUCAAGCUUCCUCAUAUUACUAAUUCCAGUUGAUAAAGCGCGUCGUCUAUCACGAUGGAUGGUUCCUUGCUGCUAUAGAAAAGUUACCCUGUAA